UUCAAGUGUUUGAUUUAUCGAGUAAUUCAAGAUUGCCAUUGCAGUCCAUAGAUGAGCAAAGAUGGGUAGAAAAUUUUAAUAUACCUAGCAUUUAUUUGUACUGAUGAUGCAUUCUUUUAUUGAGAAAUCUAGUAAACAAAAUCUUAGUGGUAGGAUCUCAUGCCAACUAGUAAAAUUCUUGCACUUAAAAAUCCUAGUGAAACAAUGUGGAAAAUUAGAAAGAAUUUGAAUACAGAUGCGUGUUCGAAUUACAAAACUGCCUCUUACCUCUCCACUUUUGUGUUGAAUUGGCUGAUAGUAUCUAACAAUUCCAUUUGGGCCAUUAUUUAGCAUGUAAAAGUUUGUUAGUUGUUGUUUCUGGUUUUUUUGGUAACACAUGUCUAGGGGAUGAGGGCUAUGAAUAAUGUUACGGACUUGUAUUACUACAAAAGAAAUUUACUACUAUAAUGUUAUGGAUGGAUAAUAUUAUGGAUUUAUGUAUCGAUGUGAAUUACAUUUUCAUGUUCAUCUUACUUUCUUCGUGUUUACAGAAAUGGACCCUAGAAACUCAACAAAUCUGUUUGAUAUGGACGCCGCAAUAAACAGUCAGUCAAAUGAAUUUCCCAAUUACGACAACAUCACGGCGGAGAUGGAUUCAAGUGGGGAAAGCUUGGAGACCGAGGACAGCGCAGACAGCGAGGACAAUCUGGACAGCGCUGAUAUUGAGGACAGUGAAGACAGUAUUGCAGCGCAAUUGAGGUUGUCAUUUAUUGCAUCGGACGAUGAUGCAUGGACUUUACCAUGGUAUGCCAGAUGUGGGAAUCAACCAAUGGAAUUCUGGGGAAGCAGCCCCAACGGACAUGUCUGUACACUGGAGAAAUGUACACUCAACAUUUAUUGAAUGGUCAUCCGCGCACAAUUCGGGAGGUCUUGCGGAUGGAUGCACCAACGUUCAGGUCCCUUUGUGAUGAAUUGAAACGCAGAGAGUUCGUAAAGGUGGACAAGAACAGGUUAUCUACAGAGCAAUCACUUGCUAUACUUUUAUAUGUAUGUGGACAUAGUGAAAGACAUAGACUUGCGGCUGAUCGUUUUCAACACUCAACGGAAACCAUUCACCGACAUUUCAAAAUUAUGAUGAGAGCAUUGUGUCGUCUUGCUGUCCUUAUCAUUCGACCUCCUGACCCGAAUGUUAUUCCUCCUGAAAUUCGAAACAACCCGAAGCGUUACCCAUGGUUUAAGGACUGUAUUGGGGCAAUCGAUGGUACGCACAUUGCGGAGCAUGCACCUGCUUCAAAGAGAACUGCAUAUCGUGGUAGGAAGGUUGCACUAACACAAAACGUUCUUGCAACAUGCUCAUUUGACCUCAAAUUUACUUUUGCUUAUCCCGGUUGGGAAGGUAGUGCAAUUGAUUCACGAGUGUUAUCUGAUGCGCUUACACGCCCCGAUGUAUCCUUCUCGCUUCCUCCUACAGGUAAAUAUUACUUGGUCGAUGCGGGUUUCACAAAUAUGACGGGAUUCCUCGCACCAUAUCGUUCAGAAAGCUAUCAUUUGGACCAAUUUCGUGGAUGUCGACAUGUCCAAAUGG